AGAAGCUGAACCGUUAGCGAGACAGUCGGUGUGAGACGCUCUGUCUGAUCACAGAGAAGAUGGCUCCGCGCCGGGCGGUCAGGCUGUUCGCCUCUUUGGCAUUUAUAGUCUGCACUCUCGCCGAACUCCAAGAAAUCAACAUCCACGACGACGAAUUUAUUAAAAAAGCCGUAGAAUUCUUCAACGAGAAGGAAAACGUAAACUAUGCGUUCAAAGCGAGCAGUUACCUGGGCGGCGGAUACCGGCAGGUGGAGGACGACCUUCAAGUGGUGAGUUUCGUAAUCCAAGAGACUUUGUGCGUCCGAUCUGAGAACUACAACCUUGGGGAAUGCGACUUUAACCCCGAUGGGGAGGUGAAAUUCUGUUCCACUUACCUGGGAGUUGAAUCUUACAUCCGCAACAUCGCCUGCAACACCGUGUCCGAGGAUCAUCGUGAGAAGAGAUCGAGUAAGAAAAAGCGCUGCAAUUUCUUUUGCAAGCUGGCACAAAGAUUCCGUGCCCCCGGCCGUGGGAGUAACAUCGCUCAUGGGGGGUCUUCUCGCGUUUAUGCUUAAAUUGGUUAAGCAUAACUUUUGACAAAAAAAGUAGCACAUAAUUCUAUAAUUGGGUUUUCUAGUUAUGGGGU